AACGAAAGCACCUCCAACCAGCACUCAUCAGCGGUAUCCUACCUCAUUAACUCAUGGGGCCUCCCUUUAAAAUCCGCUCUCCAUGUUUCCAAGCUACUAAAAUUCCAACCUCAAGAACAAACCGGCCUAGCCCUUGCUUUCCUGAAAAACUACGGCUUCUCACAAACCCAAGUCUCCCUCCUCGCCAGAAACCACCCCAAUUUACUUGUCUGCAACGCGGAAGAAACAAUUAUGCCAAUUUUCCAGUUCUUUGAAUCCAUAGGCUUCUUGAGGUCCGAGGUUGUCAAGUUGGUGACCAACUGUCCACACCUGUUGGGUAGAAGCUUGGAGGAGUACAUCAAACUCGGGUUUCUUUUCCUUAGAGAUUUGCUUCAGUCGGGUUAUGAAGAAGUUGUCGUGGUCAUGAAGCGAGCUCACUACUUCAUGAACCAAGACGUUCGAACUUUCCUGCCACCUGUCAUCAACUUACUCCGUCGCAAUGGAGUCCACGAAUCGGGUAUCCGCAAACUACUCUUUUACUGCCCGGGAAUAUUUAGAAUGAAUCUCGAUAAGCUUAACAAGGUUGUGGGGGAAGCGAAGGAAAUGGGGUUCGAACCUGGGAAGAUGAUGUUCAUCAAUGUGAUUAGCACCUUUGCCUCCCUGGAGAAAUCGACAAGGCAGGGGAAGUUCGAUGUGUACAUGAGAUGGGGUUUGUCCGAGGAAGAGGUUUCAGCUGCGUUUCAAAAGAGACCCUUCUUCCUCAAGCCCUCUGAGGAGCAGAUAACGGGAGUUAUGGAUCUGUUUGUGAACAAGCUGCGGUGGGGUGCUUCUUUGGUUGCUAUAACCCUGUGA